AUGGCAGAAGUAGCAAAGAAUAAAAACACAGAAAAAUUAAAUAGAAACGAAAAGCAAAACGAUGUGAGGCUAACAAAUAUAUUAGCAGCAAAGGCCGUUGCCGAUGUUACAAGAACAAGCCUAGGGCCAAAGGGGAUGGAUAAGAUGAUUGAAGAUGGUAAAGGGGGUGUUAUUAUAACAAAUGAUGGAGCUACAAUUUUAAAAGAAAUGGCUGUAGCCCACCCAACAGCCAAAAUGAUUGUUGAGCUUAGUAAAGCUCAAGAUGUAGAAGCAGGUGAUGGUACUACAUCGGUUGUGGUAAUGUGUGGUUCAUUUUUGAAUGUAUGCAAAUCAUUAUUAGAUAAAAAUAUACAUUGUCAGAAAAUAUCUGAAAGUUUUUUUGAGGCCUCAUUAAAAAGUGAAGAAAUAUUAAGAGAAAUGUCUAUACCUAUUGAUUUAAAUGAUAAAAAUAUGUUAAUACAAAAUGCAAUAACAUCAUUAAAUUCAAAGGUAGUAUCUUAUAAUUCAUCCUUAUUAGCACCAAUUGCUGUAGAUGUCAUAUUAAAAAUUACAGACAUUAACAAAGAUACAAAUGUCGAUUUAAAUAAUGUGCGUAUUGUAAAAAAAUUAGGAGGUACCAUUGAAGAUAGCGAAAUUGUAGAUGGAUUAAUUUUUACAGGAAAUAAAAUUAGUAAAAAAGCCCAAGGCCUAAAAAAUUUAACUCAAGCAAAAAUUGGAUUAAUUCAAUUUUGCUUAUCAUUACCUAAAACAGAUAUGGACAAUACAGUUGUAGUAAAAGAUUAUAAUAGUAUGGAUAGAUUAUUAAGAGAAGAACGUUUAAUUAUUGGUAAAAUGGUAAAAAAAAUAGCUAGCACAGGUUGUAAUUUAUUAAUAAUACAGAAAAGUAUAUUACGUGAUGCUGUAAAUGAUUUAGCAUUGGACUUUUUAGCUAAAGCUAAAAUUAUGGUUAUAAAAGAUAUAGAUAGAGAAGAUAUUGAAUUUAUAUCAAAAACAUGUAAUUGUAUUCCAGUAGCAAGCUUAGAUUAUUUUACAGCAGAUAAACUGGGAUAUGCUGAAAAUGUCACAACUGAAUCAGUAGGAUAUGGAGAAAUAGUAAAAAUAACAGGUGUAGAGUCAAAAAAUACUAUAUCAGUUUUAUUAAGAGCUUCAAAUAAUUUAAUGUUAGAUGAAGCAGAAAGAUCAUUACAUGAUGCAUUAUGUGUUGUAAGAAGUUUAAUUAAAGAAAAGGCUGUAUUACCAGGUGGUGCAGCACCAGAAAUGGAAUUAUCUCAAAAAUUGUAUCAAUGGGCUAAUACAUUAAAGGGAUCAAAACAAAUAUGUGUAAAAGCAUUUUCGGAUGCCUUAGAAUUAAUUCCUUAUACUUUAGCAGAAAAUGCAGGUUUAUCACCACUUCAUAUUGUUACAGAAUUAAGAAAUAAACAUGCAGAAGGUAAUAAAUAUCAUGGUAUUAAUAUUAGAACUGGUACCAUUUCAAAUAUGAUUGAUGAAAAUGUUAUACAACCUUUGUUAGUUACAUCAACAGCAAUUAAAUUGGCAACCGAAACUGUUAUGAUGAUUCUUAAAAUUGAUGACACUGUUAUUUGUAGAUAA